AAUUAACAGGCAACCGUGCGUUUGUUAAAUAACCCUGUGGCUACUACAUUUGAAACAAUUUAGUUUGAAAUCGAGACGGCUAUCCAGAAAUACAGAUGCAAUAAUGAAUCUGGUCAAGUUGUCAUGCUUACAUCAUGUAGAAAUGCCUAUACUUGGUCUUGGUACAUUCAAGCUUAAAGGGAAAGAUCUUAUGUAUAAAACUUUGGAAACAGCCCUUGCAGCAGGAUAUAGAUCUAUAGAUACUGCUGCAGUGUACAGAAAUGAGAGUGACAUUGGAGACUGCUUGAAAGAACUUCUUCCAAAGUUCAAUCUGGAAAGGAAGGACAUUUUUAUAACUAGUAAAUUAGGACCUAAAGAUCAAGGUAAAGGUAAAUGUAAGGAAGCUUGCUUGAGGUCAAUAGAAAAUUUACAGACUGGUUACCUUGAUUUAUACUUGAUACACUGGCCUGGAACUCAAGGCAAGAAACCUGAGGACCAGUCAAAUAUUCAGCAGAGACAGGAAAGCUGGAAUGAUCUUGAAGAUCUUCAUAAAGAAGGUAAACUUCGAGCUAUAGGAGUAUCCAACUAUGAGCAGAGACAUCUAGAAGAGCUCCUGUCCACUUGUUCUAUCCCUCCAGCUGUACUUCAGAUAGAGUUUCAUCCUCAUCUUGUACAGAGUUCACUAGUAUCAUUCUGUAAACAACAUAACAUACAUUUCCAGGCAUAUUCUUCACUAGGGACAACUUCAGAUGAUAAUAAAUUGUUAACUGAUCUAACAGUUGCUGAUAUAGCAGCUAGAUACGAUAAAAAUCCUGCACAGAUUCUACUAAGAUGGGCUAUACAACAAGAUAUAGGUGUCAUUCCAAAGUCUACUAAUCCUACCCAUAUUAAAGAAAACAUAGAUAUAUUCUCAUUCAGUCUGGCUGAAUCAGAUAUGUGCAAGCUCAGCAACCUUGAUAGUCAACACCAUUACUGCUGGAACCCGGCCUCUGUCACCUGAUUAACGUUUACUCAGCCAGGUGCCAGAUGUCAUUUCUACUUGAACCCAGCCUCGUUUACUUGAAUAAUGUUAACUCAGCCAGGAGCCAGACGUCAUUACUGCUGCAACCCAGCAUCUGUUACCUGAUUGAUGGUUAACUUAGCCAGGAGCCAGAUGUCAUUAGACUUUUGAUAAGUGAUAUCAUGUCACAAGUUGUUAAAUACAGUGUAAAGAUGCUAAACCAUUUGCAAACCAUUAAAAAACAAGCGGAGAACUUUAAGCAUAUUGUGUUCUUUCUUUGUCUGAUUCUCAGUAGAUCAUUUUAAAUUUAGUCAUAGCCAAAGUUGUCAUUCUAAGUGCUCCAUCUUGAAAUAUAUAAUAACUUAGUUAUCCUUAAAUAGACCAUGGCUUUAACUGUAAUCUUAGCCGUGAAUAGACUGAGAUAGGAAAAUCUACAUGUGUUUGUUAUGGACAUUAUUUUAUCUUUUUAUUGGGUUUUAAAUAGCAUCAGCAUUGCCAUGGUCAAAGAGUAAGUUUAGUUAUAGAAAAAUGCUGCAAACAUGGCUCUGUGCAGGUAGAAACAAUGAAAUUAUGCAAUUAUAUUUGUUGGGGGGUGAGGGUAAAAGUUGCAUGAUACAUCUCAGUCAUAUCUGUUCCAAUCAUUGACCAUUCUUUAAUAAAUAUCUUCUUUAAGUUUGA